ACCCAGUCAUGUUCAUGUCAGAAUACAUUUGCAUAAACUCGUGUGUCAGCAUGUGUCGAUGAGCACUCAAUGUGAUAUGUUUAUUUAUGCGAAAAUAUGUGAUUACGAAUGUCAAGUAUUUAUUUACAAAAGUUGUGACGUUUGGCACCCUUGAAAUACUGUUGGCUAUGGUAAGCAUUUUUAUACUAUAUGUAGUAUGUAUAAUUUGGAAACUAUAUCUGUUUUAUGGCGAGGGGUUAUAAAGUUUUCAAAAAGUUUUUAUAAAGCUUUAUUUUUAGACCCACUCAUCCUUAUUUUUCGCCCCUCUAGGUUUUAGUAGCUGAGCUUUCGUGUCGACGAAGAUUCUUGGAAAACUUUGGUAUAGGUGAUUACCUUCGACAAUAUAAUUCGUGGCCUACUUUUACUGUACGUUACUUGUGCUCUAACAUCACGUGUUAAUUGGGUUCACUCCCGCUCACUAGCGCACUCAUACUUUUAGGCACUUUUAGGGUUAAAUUUACUCACAAUUCCACAUCACUGCAUUUUAUGGCUUUGUCACCCUCCUAGUAUCGCCCAACAUGACUCGAUUCGGAGUUCAGGUGGACAUUCCGGGUUGGAAUGUGUCAUUUAGUAAGAAUGAACGUAGUACAAAGAUUGAGUGAUAGUAGAGUUUGAUUAUUGAGUGUAAGUCUAUCGAUAAAUUUUUGUUUAAUGGUUAGUUUCAUUUUAUACUUGAUAAUAAUUAAGUAAUAAAAUAAAAUUGACAAUUCACAUUUAAAAUCUAAAAUGAAAAAAAAUGACGUUAUAUGAGUUCAAAUAAAAAUAUUCUAAAACAAAUUAAACUCUUGCCACACACAUUCCAAUCACCAAGCAAGAAACAGUAAAUAGAAAACGGGAAUUCUGAGAGAUGAAGAAAUGACAGGGUGCUUUGAGAACAACGGCAGGUCGUAUAGCCCUCUUUUAAUAUACUUGGCCGAAACGACGUAGUUCUGUCCAGGGUUUAAAAACUGAAAAAUACAUUUUCGUUUCUUCUUCUCGGGCAUAUCAAUCAGUCUCGCGCCGCCGUUGCUUGCCCUGGUUACCCAAUCUCUGGUGGGAAAUAUAGAAACCGGUGGAGGGCAAUCCCGGCGGCUGGAUGGCCGACAACUGCCCACUUUUGCCAUAACGUGCGUCCGCCCUUGCUACCAUCUGCUUCUUGAGUAAAUCAUUGGCGAUGACGAAGGUGCAGCAGUAAACCGAGUUCCGGCACACAAUGAUCUGUAAAACCUGCCCGUUUCCGAUACAUUCCGAAAUUUCGGCACCGCUUUGCUCUUCCACUCAAACCGGUGGCCUCUCUAAAUCGUACCAUUGAACGCGAAGGAUCGCAAGCAAAUGUUUCGCGCCAGAGAAAUCUUGGUCCGGCUCCCUAAACGUUUAAAACCCACAACAAAAUUACAACCAAGGAGAACAUUUUGCUCCAAAUCCGCUAAAAAUGCCAACAAUACUAACGCCGAGGAGACGAGUGUGAGUUCGUACCAGGAGCAGUAUAAGCAGCUGGAGAAGCUCGACUUCAUGACCGCCACCAAAAUGCUCUUCACUGCUCCGCCCUCGAAAAAGAAAUUCGGGCUCGAUUUCCAUUUGGUACAACUGUUCUUUUGUUGCAUGCCUUCCUUGGCUGUGUAUCUGGUGGCUCAGUAUGCUCGCUAUGAAAUUAGAAGAAUGGAAGCGGAACAGGAGAUGAAAAAGAAGAAAGAAGAAGAAGCGAAAGCAAAAGAAAUAGAAGUAAAUGCUACCGAAGAAAAAGAAGCAGGAUCUGUUCCAGAGCUUUUGGAGGUAAAAGUGAGACUAGAUAAACUUGAAGAAACACUGAAGGAAAUAGUGGUUGAAUCGAAGAAGCAAACUGCCAGUGGGUUAACCAAAGAUCAGGAAGUAGGUAGUGAGAAGAAAGAUGGUGUAAAAGAGGCAACUAACACUAGUAGUUCAGACUCCAGCAAGCCUUCUGAGAAAGAUCACCUUAGUAAACAGGAUUCUGGAGAAUCAAGACCGGCCCUCGGCAAAGAGAGUAAAUAGUCAGCACCCAGUUCCUAAUGCUUCCUUGAAGGAUCAGCUGAGCAAAACCGAAGAUGGAGGGGCUUCUCAAGAUGCUAAAAGAUGAAGUCGUUGACUUAUUGUCUACAGUUUUGGUUGUAGCUUAGCAUAGGCAACAGGGAACACGUCAUUUGAACAGGUUAAGUUGAUUUAUAGGUGGGAGUAUGUUGCGAAUUCGAUGUUCUUUUCUUCAACGAACUUUCUUCUUGCAAAAUGAAAAAAUACUUAAUUGUAGAGCUUUUUUCCCAGAAAUGAUUAGCGGGAACAUCUUGGAGACUAGACUUUGGUUGAACGAUAUGUUGCCUGUGAAUGUGAUGGUUAUUUUCAAGUUUUCUGGUCUACAAUACAAGUUACACGGUUCUUGCUUGUGAUCGCGCUCGAGAGCAAAGGUGAAGAACCAAAUCAGAACUGAAAUAUCAGGCGGAUUCCUAUUGUUUGAAGGCAAGCAUCACUCCUCUGCAGCUUGGUAAAAGUAUUCAUUUUUGCACUUGAAGUUCCGAGUUUGAUUCUUUUUCCGGCAAUAUAACUUGUGUAAAAAGUAAAAAUACAAAGACAAAUAAGAGAGUUUUAUGCAUGUCAUCAUCGAUUAAUCAUGAAACAAUUGUAUAUUUGUGAUUAAAAAAAGGGAUCCACACCUCUCUCCUCUUACA